AUGUCUAGGCUGAUAACAACAACGAAACUCUACCUGCUGCCUCUUGUUCUCCAGCUCCUGUCUCUCCAUGCUACUGCUGUACAAGAGGCUUCCGCAUCCACUACAACAUCUAGUGCAAGUACCACCCAGAUCACAACCACAACAGAGACUGGGGGAUCUACACCAACUCCUACUGACAGUGUCACUCCUGGGACAACACCCACAGAGGCUUCUGCAUCCACUACAGCUCCUACUGCCAGCAUCACCCAGAUGACAACGAAAACAGAAAUUGUGGGACCUUCAGCAACUCCUACUGACAGCUUCACUCUUGGGACAACACCCACAGAGGCUGGUUCAUCUUCAACAACUCUGGCCGGCAGCAUCUCUCCUGAUACAACUGCAAGAGAAGGUAGAACAUCUCCAACAAUGUCUAGUGACACCAGUAGCCCUGUAACGUCUACUGCAGAGGCUACUUUACCACCAACAACGCCUUCUGGUGGCACCACUCCUCUGACAGCCUCCACAGAUUCCACUGUGUCCUCAACAUCUUCAACAGACAGUGCCACCACUCUGACAGUGUCUACAGAGGAUGGUGCAUCUUCAGCAACUUCUACUGACAGGGCCACUUCUGUGACAACUCCUACACGAGCUUCUGCAUCCACUACAACUCCUAGUGCCAGCACCACCCAGAUGACAACAACAACAGAAACUGUGGGACCUUCAGCAACUCCUACUGUCAACUUCACUCCUGGGACAACACUCACAGAGGCUGGUUCAUCUUCAACAACUCUGGCUGGCAGCAUCUCCACUGACACAACUUCAACAGAUGGUAGCACAUCUUCAAAAAUGUCUAGUGACCCCAGUAGCCCUGUAACGUCUACUGCAGAGGCUAGUGCACCAACAAUAAUGCCUUCUGGUGGCACCACUCCUCUUACAGCCUCCACAGAUUCCACUGUGUCCUCAACAUCUGCUACAGACAGUGCCACCACUGUGACAGUGUCUACAGGGGCUGGUGCAUCUUCAACAAGUUCUACUGACAGUGCCAAUCUCGUGACAACUGCUACAGAGGCGUCUGCAUCCACUACAGCUCCUACUGCCAGCACCACCCAGAUGACAAUGAAAACAGAAACUGUGGGACCUUCAGCAACUCCUACUGACAGCUUCACUUUUGGGACAACACCCGAAGAGGCUGGUUCAUCUUCAACAAAUGUGGCCAGCAGCAUCUCUCCUGAUACAACUUCAACAAAAGGUAGCACAUCUUCAACAAUGUCUAGUGUGUCCAGUAGCCCUCUAACGUCUACUGCAGAGGCUACUGCACCACCAACAGCGCCUUCUGGUGGCACCACUCCUCUGACAGCCUACACAGAUUCCACUGUGUCCUCAACAUCUUCUACAGACAGUGCCACCACUGUGACAGUAUCUACAGGGGCUGGUGCAUCUUCAACAACUUCUACUGACAGUGCCACUAUCGUGACAACUCCUACAGCAGCUGCCCCAUCCACUACAACUUCUAGUGCAAGUACCACCCAGAUCACAAUCACAACAAAGACUGGGGGAUCUACAGCAACUCCUACUGACAGUGCAUCUCCUGUGACAACUCCUUCACAGGCUUAUGCAUCCACUACAGCUCUUAGUCCCAGCAUCACCCAGAUGACAACCACUACAGAAACUGGGGGACCUUCAGCAACUCCUACUGACAGCUUCACUCCUGGGACAACACCCACAGAGACUGGUUCAGCGUCAACAACUCUUGCCAGCAGCAUCCUUCCUGAUACAACUUCAACAGAAGGUAGCACAUCUUCAACAAUGUCUAGUGUCCCCAUUAACCCUGUAAUGUCUACUGCAGUGUCUACUGCACCACCAACAACGCCUUCUGGUGGCACCACUCCUCUGACAGCCUCCACAGAUUCCACUUUGUCCUCAACAUCUGCUACAGACAUUGCAACCACUGUGCCAGUGUCUACAGAGGCUGGUGCAUCUUCAACAACUUCUACUGACAGUGCCACUCUCGUGACAACUCCUACAGCGGCUGCCCCAUCCACUACAACUUCUAGAGCAAGUACCACCCAGAUCACAACCACAACAGAGACUGGGGGAUCUUCAGCAAUUUCUACUGACAGUGCCACUCCUGUGACAACUCCUACAGAAGCUUCUGCAUCCACUACAGCUCCUACUGUCUGCACCACCCAGAUGACAAGAACAACAGAAACUGUGGGACCUUCAGCAACUCCUACUGACAGCUUCACUCCUGGGACAACACCCGCAGAUGCUGGUUCAUCUUCAACAACUCUGGCCAGCAGCAUCUCUCCUGAUACAACAGAAGGUAGCACAUCUUCAACAAUGUCUAGUGACACCAGUAGCCCUCUAACGUCUACGGCAGAGGCUACUGCACCACCAACAGCGCCUUCUGGUGGCACCACUCCUCUGACAGCCUACACAGAUUCGACUCUGUCUUCAACAUCUUCUACAGACAGUGCCACCACUGUGACAGUGUCUACAGGGGCUGGUGCAUCUUCAACAACUUCUACUGACAGUGCCACUAUCGUGACAAUUCCUACAGAGGCUUCCGCAUCUACUACAACUUGUAGUGCAAGUACCACCCAGAUCACAACCACAACAGAGACUGGGGAAUCUACAGCAACUCUUACUGACAGUGCCACACCUUUCACAACUCCUACAGAGGCAUCUGUAUCCACUACAGCUCCUAGUGCCAGCACUAUCCAGAUGACAGCUACAACAGAAACUCUUGGACCUUCAGCAACUCCUACUGACAGCUUCACUCCUGGGACAACACCCACAGAGGCUGGUUCAGUGUCAACAACUCUGGCCAGCAGCAUCCUUCCUGAUACAACUUCAACAGAAGGUAGCACAUCUUCAACAAUGUCUAGUGUCCCCAGUAGCCCUGUAACGUCUACUGCAGAUGCUUGUGCACCAACAACAAUGCCUUCUGGUGGCACCACUUCUCUGACAGCCUCCACAGAUUCGACUGUGUCCUCAACAUCUUCUACAGACAUUGCCACCACUGUGACAGUGUCUACAGAGGCUGGUGCAUCUUCAACAACUUCUACUGACAGUGCCACUCUCGUGACAACUCCUAUCGAGGCUUCCGCAUCCACUACAACUUCUAGUGCAAGUACCACUGAGAUCACAACCACAACAGAGACUGGGGGAUCUUCAGCAAUUUCUACUGACACUGCCAAUCCUGUGACAACUCCUACUGUGGCUUCUGCAUCCACUACAGCUACUACUGCCAGGACCACCCAGAUGACAUCCACAACAGAAACUGUGGGACCUUCUGCAACACCUACUGACAGCUUCACUCCUGGAACAACACCCGAAGAGGCUGGUUCAUCUUCAACGACUCUGGCCGGCAGCAUCUCUCCUGAUACAACUUCAACAGAAGGUAGCACAUCUACAACAAUGUCUAGUGACACCAGUAGCUCUGUAAUGUCUACUGCCGAGGCUACUGUACCACCAACAGCGCCUUCUGGUGGCACCACUCCUUUGACAGCCUCCACAGAUUCAUCUGUGUCCUCAACAUCUUCUACAGACAGUGCCACCACUCUGACAGUGUCUACAGGGGCUGGUGCAUCUUCAACAACUUCUACUGACAGUGCCACUAUCGUGACAACUCCUACAGCAGCUGCCCCAUCCACUACAACUUCUAGUGCAAGUACCACCCAGAUCACAACCACAACAAAGACUGGGGGAUCUACAGCAACUCCUACUGACAGUGCCACUCCUGUGACAACUCCUACAGAGGCAUCUGUAUCCACUACAGCUCCAGAUGCCAGCACCACCCAGACAACAACCACAACAGAAACUGAGGGACCUUCAGCAACUCCUACUGACAGCUUCACUCCUGGGACAACACCCGAAGAGGCUGGUUCAUCUUCAACAACUCUGGCCAGCAGCAUCUCUCCUGAUACAACUUCAACAGAAGGUAGCACAUCUUCAACCAUGUCUAGUGACACCAGUAGCCCUGUAACGUCUACUGCAGAGGCUACUACACCACCACCAACACCUUCUGGUGGGACAACUCCUCUGACAGCCUCCACAGAUUCCACUGUGUCCUCAACAUCUUCUACAGACAGUGCCCCCACUGUGACAGUGUCUACAGAGGCUGGUGCAUCUUCAACAACUUCUACUGACAGUGCCACUGUCGUGACAACUCCUACAGAGGCUUCCGCAUCCACUACAACUUCUAGUGCAAGUACCAGCCCGAUCACAACCACAACAGAAACUGGGGGAUCUUCAGCAACUCCUACUGACAGUGCCAAUCCUGUGACAACUCCUACAGAGGCUUCUGCAUCCACUACAGCUCCUACUGCCAACACCACCCAGAUGACAACCACAACAGAAACUGUGUUACCUUCAGCAAUGCCUACUGAUAGCUUCACUCCUGGGACAACACCCACAGAGGCUGGUUCAGUGUCAACAACUCUGGCCAGCAGCAUCUCUUCUGAUACAACUUCAACAGAAGGUAGCACAUCUUCAACCAUGUCUAGUGUCCCCAGUAGCCCUGUAACGUCUACUGCAGAUGGUAGUGCACCAACAACAAUGCAUUCUGGUGUUACCACUCCUCUGACAGCCUCCACAGAUUCGACUCUGUCUUCAACAUCUUCUACAGACAGUGCCACCACUGUGACAGUGUCUACCGAGGCUGGUGCAUCUUCAACAACUUCUACUGACAGUGCCACUCUCGUGACAACUCCUACCGAGGCUUCCGCAUCCACUACAACUUCUAGUGCAAGUACCACUGAGAUCACAACCACAACAGAGACUGGGGGAUCUUCAGCAAUUUCUACUGACACUGCCAUUCCUGUGACAACUCCUACUGUGGCUUCUGCAUCCACUGCAGCUACUACUGCCAGGACCACCCAGAUGACAACCACAACAGAAACUGUGGGACCUUCUGCAACUCCUACUGACAGCUUCACUCCUGGGACAACACCCGAAGAGGCUGGUUCAUCUUCAACGACUCUGGCCGGCAGCAUCUCUCCUGAUACAACUUCAACAGAAGGUAGCACAUCUACAACAAUGUCUAGUGACACCAGUAGCCCUGUAAUGUCUACUGCCGAGGCUACUGUACCACCAACAGCGCCUUCUGGUGGCACCACUCCUUUGACAGCCUCCACAGAUUCAUCUGUGUCCUCAACAUCUUCUACAGACAGUGCCACCACUCUGACAGUGUCUACAGGGGCUGGUGCAUCUUCAACAACUUCUACUGACAGUGCCACUAUCGUGACAACUCCUACAGCAGCUGCCCCAUCCACUACAACUUCUAGUGCAAGUACCACCCAGAUCACAACCACAACAAAGACUGGGGGAUCUACAGCAACUCCUACUGACAGUGCCACUCCUGUGACAACUCCUACAGAGGCAUCUGUAUCCACUACAGCUCCAGAUGCCAGCACCACCCAGACAACAACCACAACAGAAACUGACGGACCUUCAGCAACUCCUACUGACAUCUUCACUCCUGGGACAACACCCGAAGAGGCUGGUUCAUCUUCAACAACUCUGGCCAGCAGCAUCUCUCCUGAUACAACUUCAACAGAAGGUAGCAAAUCUUCAACCAUGUCUAGUGACACCAGUAGCCCUGUAACGUCUACUGCAGAGGCUACUACACCACCACCAACACCUUCUGGUGGGACAACUCCUCUGACAGCCUCCACAGAUUCCACUGUGUCCUCAACAUCUUCUACAGACAGUGCCCCCACUGUGACAGUGUCUACAGAGGCUGGUGCAUCUUCAACAACUUCUACUGACAGUGCCACUGUCGUGACAACUCCUACAGAGGCUUCCGCAUCCACUACAACUUCUAGUGCAAGUACCAGCCCGAUCACAACCACAACAGAAACUGGGGGAUCUUCAGCAACUCCUACUGACAGUGCCAAUCCUGUGACAACUCCUACAGAGGCUUCUGCAUCCACUACAGCUCCUACUGCCAACACCACCCAGAUGACAACCACAACAGAAACUGUGUUACCUUCAGCAAUGCCUACUGAUAGCUUCACUCCUGGGACAACACCCACAGAGGCUGGUUCAGUGUCAACAACUCUGGCCAGCAGCAUCUCUUCUGAUACAACUUCAACAGAAGGUAGCACAUCUUCAACCAUGUCUAGUGUCCCCAGUAGCCCUGUAACGUCUACUGCAGAUGGUAGUGCACCAACAACAAUGCAUUCUGGUGUUACCACUCCUCUGACAGCCUCCACAGAUUCGACUCUGUCUUCAACAUCUUCUACAGACAGUGCCACCACUGUGACAGUGUCUACCGAGGCUGGUGCAUCUUCAACAACUUCUACUGACAGUGCCACUCUCGUGACAACUCCUACCGAGGCUUCCGCAUCCACUACAACUUCUAGUGCAAGUACCACUGAGAUCACAACCACAACAGAGACUGGGGGAUCUUCAGCAAUUUCUACUGACACUGCCAUUCCUGUGACAACUCCUACUGUGGCUUCUGCAUCCACUGCAGCUACUACUGCCAGGACCACCCAGAUGACAACCACAACAGAAACUGUGGGACCUUCUGCAACUCCUACUGACAGCUUCACUCCUGGGACAACACCCGAAGAGGCUGGUUCAUCUUCAACGACUGUGGCCGGCAGCAUCUCUCCUGAUACAACUUCAACAGAAGGUAGCACAUCUACAACAAUGUCUAGUGACACCAGUAGCCCUGUAAUGUCUACUGCCGAGGCUACUGUACCACCAACAGCGCCUUCUGGUGGCACCACUCCUUUGACAGCCUCCACAGAUUCAUCUGUGUCCUCAACAUCUUCUACAGACAGUGCCACCACUCUGACAGUGUCUACAGGGGCUGGUGCAUCUUCAACAACUUCUACUGACAGUGCCACUAUCGUGACAACUCCUACAGCAGCUGCCCCAUCCACUACAACUUCUAGUGCAAGUAACACCCAGAUCACAACCACAACAAAGACUGGGGGAUCUACAGCAACUCCUACUGACAGUGCCACUCCUGUGACAACUCCUACAGAGGCAUCUGUAUCCACUACAGCUCCAGAUGCCAGCACCACCCAGACAACAACCACAACAGAAACUGAGGGACCUUCAGCAACUCCUACUGACAGCUUCACUCCUGGGACAACACCCGAAGAGGCUGGUUCAUCUUCAACAACUCUGGCCAGCAGCAUCUCUCCUGAUACAACUUCAACAGAAGGUAGCACAUCUUCAACCAUGUCUAGUGACACCAGUAGCCCUGUAACGUCUACUGCAGAGGCUACUACACCACCACCAACACCUUCUGGUGGGACAACUCCUCUGACAGCCUCCACAGAUUCCACUGUGUCCUCAACAUCUUCUACAGACAGUGCCCCCACUGUGACAGUGUCUACAGAGGCUGGUGCAUCUUCAACAACUUCUACUGACAGUGCCACUGUCGUGACAACUCCUACAGAGGCUUCCGCAUCCACUACAACUUCUAGUGCAAGUACCAGCCCGAUCACAACCACAACAGAAACUGGGGGAUCUUCAGCAACUCCUACUGACAGUGCCAAUCCUGUGACAACUCCUACAGAGGCUUCUGCAUCCACUACAGCUCCUACUGCCAACACCACCCAGAUGACAACCACAACAGAAACUGUGUUACCUUCAGCAAUGCCUACUGAUAGCUUCACUCCUGGGACAACACCCACAGAAGCUGGUUCAUCUUCAACAACUCUGGCCGGCAGUAUCUCUUCUGAUACAACUUCAACUGAAGGUAGCACAUCUUCAACCAUGUCUAGUGUCCCCAGUAGCCCUGUAACGUCUACUGCAGAUGGUAGUGCACCAACAACAAUGCAUUCUGGUGUUACCACUCCUCUGACAGCCUCCACAGAUUCGACUCUGUCUUCAACAUCUUCUACAGACAGUGCCACCACUGUGACAGUGUCUACCGAGGCUGGUGCAUCUUCAACAACUUCUACUGACAGUGCCACUCUCGUGACAACUCCUACCGAGGCUUCCGCAUCCACUACAACUUCUAGUGCAAGUACCACUGAGAUCACAACCACAACAGAGACUGGGGGAUCUUCAGCAAUUUCUACUGACACUGCCAUUCCUGUGACAACUCCUACUGUGGCUUCUGCAUCCACUGCAGCUACUACUGCCAGGACCACCCAGAUGACAACCACAACAGAAACUGUGGGACCUUCUGCAACUCCUACUGACAGCUUCACUCCUGGGACAACACCCGAAGAGGCUGGUUCAUCUUCAACGACUCUGGCCGGCAGCAUCUCUCCUGAUACAACUUCAACAGAAGGUAGCACAUCUACAACAAUGUCUAGUGACACCAGUAGCCCUGUAAUGUCUACUGCCGAGGCUACUGUACCACCAACAGCGCCUUCUGGUGGCACCACUCCUUUGACAGCCUCCACAGAUUCAUCUGUGUCCUCAACAUCUUCUACAGACAGUGCCACCACUCUGACAGUGUCUACAGGGGCUGGUGCAUCUUCAACAACUUCUACUGACAGUGCCACUAUCGUGACAACUCCUACAGCAGCUGCCCCAUCCACUACAACUUCUAGUGCCAGCACCACCCAGAUCACAACCACAACAGAAACUGAGGGACCUUCAGCAACUCCUACUGACAGCUUCACUCCUGGGACAACACCCGAAGAGGCUGGUUCAUCUUCAACAACUCUGGCCGGCAGCAUCUCUCCUGAUACAACUUCAACAGAAGGUAGCACAUCUUCAACCAUGUCUAGUGUCCCCAGUAGCCCUGUAACGUCUACUGCAGAUGCUAGUGCACCAACAACAAUGCCUUCGGGUGGCACAACUCCUCUGACAGCCUCCACAGAUUCGACUGUGUCUUCAACAUCUUCUACAGACAGUGCCACCACUGUGACAGUGCCUACAGGGGCUGGUGCAUCUUCAACAACUUCUACUGACAGUGCCACUCUCGUGACAACUCCUACAGACUCUUCCGCAUCCACUACAACUUCUAGUGCCAGUACCACCCAGGUCACAACCACAACAGAGACUGGGGGAUCUACAGCAACUCCUACUGACAGUGCCACUGCUGUGACAAUUCCUACACAGGCUUAUGCAUCCACUACAGCUCCUAGUCCCAGCACCAGCCAGACAACAACCACAACAGAAACAGGGGGUUCUUCAUCAACUCCUACUUAUAGCGUCACUCCUGGGACAACACCCACAGAAGCCAGUUCAUCUUCAACCACUCUGGCCGGCAGCAUCUCUCCUGAUACAACUUCAACAGAAGGUAGCACAUCUUCAACAAUGUCUAGUGACACCAGUAGCUCUGUGACGUCUACUGCAGAGGCUAGUGCACAACCAACAAUGUCUUCUGGUGGCACCACUACUCUGACAGCCUCCACAGAUUCGACUGUGUCCUCAACAUCUUCUACAGACAGUGCCACCACUCUGACAGUGUCUACAGAGGCUGGUGCAUCUUCAACAACUGUGGCCGGCAGCAUCUCUCCCGAUACAACUUCAACAGAAGGUAGCACAUCUUCAACAAUGUCUAGUGUCCGCAGUACACCGGUAACGUCUACUGCAGAGGCUACUACACCACCACCAACGGCUUCUGGUGGCACCACUCCUCUGACAGCCUCCACAUAUUCCUCUGUGUCCUCAACAUCUUCUACAGACAUUGCCACCACUGUGACAGUGUCUACAGAGGCUGGUGUAUCUUCCACAACUUUUACUGACAGUGCCACUAUCGUGACAACUCCUACAGCAGCUGCUCCAUCCAAUACAACUUCUAGUGCAAGUAUCACCCAGACCACAACCACAACAAAGACUGGGGGAUCUACAGCAACUCCUACUGACAGUGCCACUCCUGUGACAACUCCUACAGAGGCUUCUGCAUCCACUACAGCUCCUAGUGCCAGCACCACCCAGAUGACAACCACAACAGACACUGUGGGACCUUCAGCAACUCCUACUGACAGCUUCACUCUUGGGACAACACCCACAGAGGCUGGUUCAUCUUCAACAACUCUGGCCGGCAACCUCUCUCCUGAUACAACUUCAACAGAAGGUAGCACAUCUUCAACAAUGUCUAGUGACACCAGUAGCCCUGUAACGUCUACUGCAGACGCUACUGUACCACCAACAACGACUUCUGGUGGCACCACUCCUCUGACAGCCUCCACAUAUUCCUCUGUGUCCUCAACAUCUUCUACAGACAGUGCCACCACUCGGACAGUGUCUACAGAGGCUGGUCCAUCUUCAACAACUUCCACUGACAGUGCCACUCCCGUGACAACUCCUACAGAGGCUUCCACAUCCACUACAACUUCUAGUGCAAGUACCACCCAGAUCACAACCACAACAGAGACUGGGGGAUCUUCAGCAACUCCUACUGACAGUGUCACUCUUGGGACAACUCCUAAAGAGUCUUCUGCAUCCACUACAGCUUCUAGUGCCAGAACUAUCCAGAUGACAACCACAACAGUAACUGUUGGACCUUCAGCAACUCCUACUGACAGCUUCACUCCUGGGACAACACCCACAGAGGCUGGUUCAUCUUCACCAACUCUGGCUGGCAGCAUCUCUCCUGAUACAACAUCAACAAAAGGUAGCACAUCUUCAACAAUGUCUAGUGACUCCAGUAGCCCUGUAACGUCUACUGCAGAAUCUAGUGCACCCACAACAAUGCCUUCUGGUGGCACCACUCCUCUGACAGCCUCCACAGAUUCCACUUUGUCUUCAACAACUUCUUCAGACAGUGCCACCACUGUGACAGUGCCUACAGGGGCUGGUGCAUCUUCAACAACUUCUACUGACAGUGCCACUCUCGUGACAACUCCUACAGACUCUUCCGCAUCCACUACAACUUCUAGUGCCAGUACCACCCAGGUCACAACCACAACAGAGACUGGGGGAUCUACAGCAACUCCUACUGACAGUGCCACUGCUGUGACAAUUCCUACACAGGCUUAUGCAUCCACUACAGCUCCUAGUCCCAGCACCAGCCAGACAACAACCACAACAGAAACAGGGGGUUCUUCAUCAACUCCUACUUAUAGCGUCACUCCUGGGACAACACCCACAGAAGCCAGUUCAUCUUCAACCACUCUGGCCGGCAGCAUCUCUCCUGAUACAACUUCAACAGAAGGUAGCACAUCUUCAACAAUGUCUAGUGAUACCAGUAGCUCUGUGACGUCUACUGCAGAGGCUAGUGCACAACCAACAAUGUCUUCUGGUGGCACCACUACUCUGACAGCCUCCACAGAUUCCACUGUGUCCUCAACAUCUUCUAUAGACAGUGCCACCACUCGGACAGUGUCUACAGAGACUGGUGCAUCUUCAACAACUUCUACUGACAGUGCCACUCCCAUGACAACUCCUACAGAGUCUUCUGCAUCCACUACAACUCCUAGUGUCAGCACCACACAGAUGACAACCAGAACAGAAACUCCUACUUACAGUGUCACUCCUGGAACAACACUCACAAAGUCUAUUUCAUCUUCAACAAGCCAGUUUGCCUCCAGCACAGUUUUUCCCACCACUACUGAUAAGAAUUCUUCUGUUUCCACUGUAGGGUACAGCACUCUAUCUGUCUCAGUUUCUACAGAAGGUGUUAGUUCUGUAACAACUAUUUCUGACACCACCACUCUUAUAUCAAUUACUUCUAAUUCUGACAUUCCCUCAUCAAGUGUUGUUGGCUCUACAUCUAUGACACUUUCCACUAAAUCAAAUACACCCACUACUAUCAGUGCUGCCACCAUAUCUGUUUCAACUCCUAAGGAGGUCAACACAACUGCAACAUCUAUUGCUACCACUCCUACAACCAGCACACCUGUCACUUCUGCUUCAACUCCUACUCAGUCCAACACACCUACCACAUCUUCCUUUGCCACCACCUCUCCUAUGACCAGUACCCCAAAAGCUAGCACAUUUUCAACAGUUGUUUCUAGCACCACCUCACCUAUGUCUACUCCUGGCCACUCUACCCCUACAACAACCUCUGCCUCCUCCACUUCUGGAACCUCUGUCACCACCACGACUGUCUCAACCUCAACAGCUGGAAUAAAACCUACCACUCAGAGUGCUACAUCCACGACAGUCACCAUUGUCUCUAGUGUUAUACCAACAAUAGCAAUCACCUGUGACAACGGAGGGACAUUGGACGGAAAUGUCUGUAAAUGCCCCUCUGGCUAUGGAGGAGAUCGGUGCCAGGACAAGGUCCCAGUCUGUGAGAAUGAUGGCAAGUGGGAUGGGGCCAAGUGUGUGUGCACCAGCCUCUACCAGGGGCCGAGGUGUGAGGAUGUGGUCCAGAUCAUUGAGAUAAAGCCUCCAGAGACUGUCUCUGCCCAGGUGGAACUGAGUGUGACAGUGACCAGUGAGGAAUUCACUGAAGAGCUACAAGACCGGUCUUCUGAAGAAUUCCGGAAGUUCAAUAAGACAUUCUCUGAAGAGAUGGACAAAGUUUAUUCCAAAAUCCCUGCAUAUGUAGGAAUUAACAUCACAGAAUUGAGUUCUGGCAGUGUGGUGGUGCAGCAUGAUGUCAUUCUGCAGGCCAAGUUCAACUCAGAAUACAAGGAAGAGUUUAUGAAAGUCACCAAAGAGAUAGAAAAAACAAUUACGAAUGUAACUCAACAGCAAAUAAUUACUAAUGGCAACUGCUCAGCCACUCUGUGCUUCAAUAAAAAUGCCACAGAGGUGAAAAACACUGUGAUAGACUACGACCCUGAAGUGGACUGCCAGGAAAAGGCUGGGAAAGACUUGGCUAAAUACUUCUUUGUGGAGUACAAGGACCAGCAACCAAAGUGCAUCAACCGCUGCAUGCCUGGUUUCAAUGCCUCCUUGAACUGCAACACUGGAACGUGCAAGUUGGAGCGCAGUGGCCCGAAAUGCUACUGCUUGAACACAGACACUGCUUGGUACAGCGGGGAAACCUGUGAGGUUAGCACCAAGAAGAACCUGGUGUACGGGCUCCUGGGGUCAGCGGGUGCAGUGGUGCUGAUGAUCCUCAUCAUCCUCCUGGUGUUUAUGUUCCGCUCCAAGAGAGAAGUGAAAAGACAAAAGCACAAAGUGACUCAGUUGUACAACUGGCAUGAGGAGGAUGGUGGAACAGCCCCUGGGACCUUCCAUAACAUUGGCUUUGACAUCUACGAAGAACCACAGAACUCCCUGAACCUGGACUCCAUCUAUAGUAACUUCCAGCCCUCCCUGGAACAUGUAGAUUCUAAAAAGAAGAUACAAAUUAAGAGGCCUGAGGUGACGAUGACAUCAUUGUAA